UGUCAGGCAAUUGACAGUCUAACAGAGCGUUACUGACCAACUGUACUGGCCAAGUGUAAACGACCUUUUAAUCAAAUAUUUUUAUGAUGCAAGAAUACUCCAAGGACUUUAUUAGUGUUUAUUAGUCACCAGUUUCAUUUACGUUUUUUAAAAUAAAAUUUUUUUUGACUGAGCAAUGCUGAGUUUAUCAAAAUAGUGAUUUAAUUAUUAACUAUAUUAAAUCUAAUUGUCAUACAAUGGAACUAAAAAAAUCAACGGCUAUAAAACUAUCUUUAGGAGUGUAUACUGCUUUGACUUUAGUAUUCCUUAUAGUGGGAAUCAUUCGGGUUUGCAGUACUGUCAAUGAAACAAAGGUAAAUAUAAAAAGAUUACCAAUAGAUUACACUAAUUGUAAGAAUAAUAGAGACGUCGACCAAACUUGUGCUCAAUAUCUUAACGAGAAUAACGGUGGAGACUGCAAAUGUGACAUUUAUUUCAAAUUGAAUGAAGACUAUAAAGGAAAUGUCACUAUAUACUAUCAAUUGGAUGGAUAUCAAGAAACAUUUGGACCAUUAUUUAAUUCCAGUGACCCCACUCAAUGGUCAGGUGUGUUAACAAUGCCACCAUCAGAUAAGUGUCAACCGUACCAAUACUCGAACACCACUAUGGGAAUCAAACCAAUUGUCCCAUGUGGAGGAUUAGCUGACGCUAUGUUCAAUGAUACCUAUCGUUUAUUCAAUACGCAAAUGCAAAUACAAAUGGAUGAAAUGGGUCUUAUUUCUGAUGCUGAAAGGAAAAAAUACAAAAACCCAGUCAAUAUCAAAGUCGCAGUGCAAGAAUUUACAAAACCAGUUAACUGGCCAAUGAGUAUUUGGGAUAUUGGACAAGGAAAUUUUACAGGGUUUUUGAAUGAUAGGUUUAUUAUCUGGAUGAAUACAAAGUUACAUCCGAAGCCAGUUGCUAAAGUUCGGAAAACCUCAGGUUUUGAGAACGGCUUGCCUAAAGACGACUAUCAUUUCAAAUUCUUCUAUAACUACCCUCCGUCUAGGUACAACGGUACGAGGACGUUGAUACUAGAAGCUGUGGAACAUAUGACUGUCCAGAAAUCUAGAUCUUCAGGCUGGGUGUUACUGAUUCUAGGUCUUAUCUUGAUCCUUUUAGGUAUCAUUGCUUACGUCCUUAGGAGAGGACAUUUCUUUGAUAUAACUGAUAUCACAAUUAAUUUGCCGUUUCUAAGAAAAGCAAAUGAAAAUGAACCAAAAGCAAGUCCUGAAGAGAGACCUUUAGGAAGAGAAAGGACAAAUACAAAUGUGUGAAAAGUUUUAACGCAGAACUCCCCUCUCGUAGGAUGACAAACGAGCGAAUUAAAUUCGCCAAAAUAACGAAAUGACUGCAACAUACGCAUUUACAAAUAACUUUAUUCAACAGAUAUAUCCCUUUCCUUCCUUCCCCUCCCCUGCCAAAUAUAUUUCCCCUUCCAUUUAUUUUUAUAUUUAAGGUUAAAGAUCUGUUAUACCAAUUAAAGAAGCUUUUUAUUG